AUGAGGUUGUCGUUUUUGAGUGCAGCAUUUGCACUCAUCUCAACAACAUAUGGUUUUACCAUUGAUGAUGUCGACGGUGCUAAGCAGUUGAAGUCUGACUAUGCCCCUGGUAGAUACAUUGUCCAAUAUGAGACUCCAGCCUCCCCUGAAGUGCAACUGUCUCGAAUUUCUGCAUUAGGUUAUGAUGUUUCUGUCCAACAGAACUACGAAACAAAUAUUUUCCAUGGAAUGUCGUUUGAAGUCCUUAAUGAUAACUCCACUACCUUAGAAGACCUUAGAAGCUUGGAAAACAUCAAGAGUGUGUGGAGAGCCUCUAUUGUUACUCUUGAAUUUGACCCACUGACUGCCACUGCUCCAAAAUGGAACCCCCACGCUGUCACUGGUGUGGACAAAUUGCAUGACUUAGGCUACACUGGUAAGGAUGUUGUUAUUGGUGUGGUUGAUACUGGUGUUAACUAUAACCAUCCUGCCGUCGGAGGUGGACUUGGUGAAGGUUUCACCGUUAUUGGUGGUUGGGACUUCAUGGAAGACCCUAACAACCCCAAACCAGACCCUAUGGACUGCGCUGGACAUGGUACUUUCGUUUCCUCUGUCAUUGUCGCCAACACUGCUACCAUGUUGGGUGUUGCUCCAAAUGCCAAAAUCAGAAUGUACAAAGUUUUCGGAUGCUCCUCGUCUACAACUGACGAUUACAUCCUCGCUGGUUUAUUGAAGGCUUACUCAGAGAAACCUAACGUGAUCUCUUUGUCUUUGGGUUCCGACAGUGGUUACAACAGUGCCCCUCUCUCUCUUGUUGCUGACACUAUCUCUGAGACAAUUCCUAUUGUUUAUGCUGCAGGAAACUCUGGCCAGGUCGGAGUUAUGCGUGCUUCUCCGGGCGCAUCUGCCAAAGGUGCGAUCGCUGUCGCAGCAACCGAGGCUAAAGAGCUUGUUGCAUGGCCAGCAAAGAUCACUUCUUCUGGUGGAGAAACCCUCGACUUCACUUAUGUCUCUCAAAAUGGUGCUGUUUUCCCUCUCGACAAGACUUUCGACGUUGACUACCAGCCAAAUGCCUGUUUUGUGAGAUCCGAUCCAUCUCACACCGGUAAGUUCUUGAUGGCUCCAAAAGGUUCGUGUAUUAGCAACUUCUUGCUUAACAACAUGAUUGGUGCUGGUUACACUGGUGCUGUUUUAUUCACUUCAGACAUCAGAUAUUUGAGACUUGACAUUCUCCCUUCGUACACCUUCCAAUACGCUGCAGCCACUGACACUGACGUGGGUGCCUGGGUUGCAGCUCAAAUCAAAGCUGGAAACACCUUGAAGGUGACUUUUGAUAGCAGUGCUGAAAUUGAAACAAAGGAAAAGAAAUACUUGGAGGCUGGUCAAAUCAACUACUACACCUCGUGGGGUCCUACUUUCGAGAACAACUUUUACCCUACUGUCGCUGCUCCAGGUGGUGACGUGAUCGGUGCUGACUCUGAUGGAGGAUACUACGUUGCUAGUGGUACUUCCUUUGCAACUCCAUACAUUUCCGGUGUUCUUGCACUUUACUUGGGUGCCUUCCCAGGUACCGAUCCACAAGUGUUGAGAAACAAGGUCAUUGCUGCCACCAACCUCUUGGACAAGUACGUUUUUGGAAACGUGAACAGUGACGACACCUCUACCAUUGAUCACAGCCAGUUUGCUCCACUUAUUCAGCAAGGUGCUGGUCAGAUUGAUGCUGUGCGUUUGUUUGAAGGAAAGACCAGAGUGAUUUCCAGCCCAUACCUUGAGCUUAACGACACCCAAUACAGAGUGAGCGAGCACACCAUCACUUUCAUCAACGAAGGUGACUCUCUGGUUACUUACGACAUCACCCAUUCUGGUAUGAAUGCUGUUGCCUUGAGAACUUCUUCUAACUUGUACCCUAAUGUCUACUAUCCACCAAGUUUGAAUGCUCAGCCAGUGGCCACAAUCUCAACUGAUUCCAUCACCCUUGGACCAGGAGAGUCAGGAUCGUUCACUGUGGACAUCAAGGCACCUGAUGGAAUUGACAACGGAGUUGCUCCCCUCUUGCAAGGUUACUUCACCAUUAGUGGUUCCAACGGUGACGGCUUGAGAGUUCCAUACAUCGGUGUUGAGGCUAAGACAAACGACUGGACCCCAUGGAUAAACAUGUCAUCAUAUUCAUCAGAAACAGUACCUGGAACCGAACUCCCUGUUUGA